AUGUCAUGUACGCCACGACAAACCGACGAAAGGGCACUACCCUGCGUGCUACCUCAAAUCAGCCAUAGCCUCUUUGGCGGCAAGUACAAUAGUCCUUUCGUACGGGCCUACGCUCCAGCUCUCUCUGCCUACGGUAUCCCCGAGGCUUCUUUCCUCGCCUUCGUUGAUGGGUUGAAUGAGAGCUUCAUCGCCAAUCCGGCAUUGAAGUCAGCCACCCAUGUUGGUAUGGGCCUCUCAGCCUUUGGCGGUCCUCACGGCCUCAUGAUUGGGAAGGCAGUCAAGAUGGCAUCGAAGGCCGCAACCAGCGGUGUGAGUUCCAAACGCUCUAAGGUCUUCUUGGAGGAGAUCGAUAGAGACAUAGCUGCAAAGCAGAAUGAAAAAAAAGCCGAAGACCUCGCCGAUGCACACAAGAAACGCAACGAGAAGAUACGCGAUGCGCAAGAAAAAUACAACAAAGAUGCCCAUAAGUACAACGAAGAGCUUCGCAAGCUGCAAGAAAAACUUCAAGACGAUCUAAGGAAAGACGCACAUAGUCCUGGCAAGCAAGAGAAGGCUAGACGCAAGUAUCAGGAAGAGCUGCAGAAGCAGGAAAAGGAUAAGGGGAUUGGGAAGCUGCAGGAGGAUAUGCAAGAUGCAGACGAAGAGGUUCUCAAGUUCCAGCGUGAUGAGAACAAAGAGGCUAAGCAUUUGAAUUGGGUUGUUGUUACACCUGUGGGAUCGGCGAACCAGGCACAGUCGAAUCAUGCUGCGGCCAUGAAACUUUCAGCUGGAGAUCAUGUUAAGAAGCACUUUAUCAAGUCGCUGUUUGGGUAG